GUGUUUGAGCAUGAUGUUCUGAAGAAUAGUUCGAUCACCGAUCGCGUGAGGAACAGCGGGCCGGCUGUGCCUGGGCAGUAUGAAUACCUACCGUCGGACAUCGAGCAGAGAGAACAAGCCGUCCGUCGCGCACCCCUCACCUCACACCAUGUCUGCCAGGAACAUCAACCCUCAGAAAGUCUCCUUGCUAAAGACCAUCCGAAGUCUGAUCAACUGUCUGGUCAACAUCAAGGAUGAAACUGGUCAAUUUCUCAUGACUUUGGAAGACGGGCGGGUCAUUGAUACCAAAGGAUGGAAUGACUGGGAGUGGACCCACGGAAUAGGACUUUAUGGCUUGUUGAAAUUUCAUGAGAUCACCGGAGACGAAGAAGCUCUUCGCAUUGCGCUCUCAUGGUUCAAAGAUCGUUUUGAAAUCGGCACUACAAAGAACGUCAAUACCAUGUCACCUUUACUGACUGCAGCGUAUCUCCACGAAGCCAAAGAAGCCAACUACCUUGCUCAUCUUGAUUCAUGGGCAGAGUGGGUCAUGUAUGACAUGCCCAGGACAGAGGAAGGAGGUUUGCAGCACAUUACGUACCUAGUCGACAACUAUCAACAAUUGUGGGAUGAUACCUUAAUGAUGAGUGUCCUGCCAUUGGCGAAGAUCGGCUUGGUGCUGGAUCGUGCGGAGUACGUGGAGGAAGCAAAACGACAGUUCAUGCUACACAUCAAGUACCUCGCCGAUCCAAGCACUGGCCUUUGGUUCCACGGUUGGACAUUCGACGGUCGUCAUCACUUCGGUCGUGCCCUCUGGGGGAGAGGAAACUGUUGGAUCACGGUGUCCAUACCUGACUUCGUUGAGCUUCUGAAGCUCCCACCGUCCGAUGGUCUCCGUCUAUUCCUCGUCUCCACGCUCAAGGCGCAGAUAGACGCACUGGUACGCCUCCAAGAUCUUGAUACAGGGUUAUGGCAUACAAUCCUAGAUGAUCCAACAUCAUAUCUCGAAGCUUCCGCGACAGCAGGUUUUGCAUACGGAAUCCUGAAGUCCCUCAGACUUCGCCUUAUUCCGAAGGAGGAGCGCUAUGUUACCGCGGCGAAGAAGGCUAUAGACGGAGUUCUGAAGAAUAUAUCCGAAACUGGGGAGCUGCAGCAAGUAUCGUUUGGGACCCCAGUGUUUGACACGAAGGAAGAGUACAAGAAGAUACCGUUGACGAGUAUGCCGUACGGGCAAAGUUUAGCCCUCCUCGCGUUGACCGAGUACCUUAGAACAUUUCUAUAAUUGUUCACAACUUCCAGGCAAGAAUGAAUAGUGGAUUCGAGUGUCUUAAAGCAGCCUAAGACUCGACCAAGUCAAUUGUCCAAGU